AUGGUCACUCACAGAGGAAUUGAGGCGAAUUCGGACCAAAUAAAAGCAAUACAAGAUCUUGAAGUACCAACAAAGGCUACGGAGCUGCAGAAACUGGCUGGAAUGGCGGCCGCACUGAAUCGGUUCAUCAACAAAUCUUCAGAUCGGAUAAAGCCCUUCUUCCAACUUUUGAAGAAAAGGGCAGCAUUUGAAUGGAGUUCCAAGUGCACCGAAGUACUGCAAAGUCUCAAAAAAUACCUCAGUACACCUCCCCUUCUGUCCGCUCCAAAGCCAGGAAAGGAACUGUACCUCUAUCUAGUAGUCUUAGAUCAUGCCGUAAGCGUAGUAUUAAUUCGAGAGGUUAACAAGGAACAGAGGCCUGUAUACUACGUUAGCAAGACUUUACUAAAUGCCAAGACACGGUAUCUACCAUUGGAAAAGUUAGCUUACGCGCUACUUAUCUCCUCGAGGAAGUUACAACAUUACUUCCAAGGGCAUACCAUCAAUGUCCUCACUGAAUUCCCCCUCAGAUCUGUAUUUAGCCAAGCCGAUUUUUCUGGCAGAACAGCAAAAUGGGUAGUAGAACUUGGCGAGUUUGACAUUCGAUAUCAACCCAGGAUAGCAAUUAAGGCCCAGGUCUUAGCAAAUUUCGUCGCAAAAUUUGCUCCCACCCAGAGUACCGAACCGGGGAACCUAAGUUCGGCACAGGUUCUCAGGCUCGGUUGGAAGGCUUCGAACAACGAGGCAGAGUACGAAACGUUGUUGGCUGGCUUACGCAGUGCCGAACACUUCAGUACAGAACAACUUCUUAUUUUCAGCGAUUCACAGCUAGUGGUAAACCAGCUUUCUGGGGUCUACGAAACACGGGAUGAAAGAAUGGCCAUAUACGCAGGCAAGGCCAAAGACUUACUCAAAAAGUUUCAAUCCAUACGAGUGGAACGAAUUAGUCGGGACAAAAAUGGCCAUGCUGAUGCUUUGGCUUGUCUCGACUCAUCAGUGGACACCAAAGAUGCCAGAAAAGUUUGGGUUGAGUUCAUGCCAGAGCCAAGCAUUGCAUCUCCAGUCCUCUGCAGCAGCUUAGAGCCGAGCUGGUUGGAUCCAAUGCUUGCUUUUCUAAAAUCUGGUACUCUCCCCGAAAACAAAAGGAAGCCAACAAAGUCAGACACAAGUCAGCUCGGUUUUGGAUCUCACCAUCCGGGAAGCUAUACAGACGCUCCUAUCUUGGCCCUUAUCUUCUAUGUGUGCAUCCAAAUCUGGUCGAGAAUGUUCUCUACAAAAUUCAUGAUGGGAUUUGUGGAUGCCACGUUGGCGGAAGGUCGCUGGCGCACCGAGCCCUCACUCACGGGUAUUGGUGGCCACGGAUGCAACAAGAUGCUUAGCAGUACGUACAGAAGUGUGAUAAAUGUCAGAGCAACCGGCUAUUUUACUAAAUGGGUUGAAGUCGAGGCAUUGGCAAAUAUCAAAGAGGCAGAUACGAAGCAGUUUGUUAUGAGAAAUAUGGUGGUGCGUUUCAGCAUCCCGCGAGUACUGAUUGCAGACAAUGGAACACAGUUUGAUGGUAAGAUCUUCAGAAAGUUUUAUGCCGACCUCAGGAUCGAGUAUAGGAACUCUUCUCCAGGGUACCCGCAAAGCAAUGGACAGGCAGAAGCCUCAAACAAAACCAUCAUCAACGGAGUAAAGAAACGGCUUGAGCAUGCCAAAGGAAAAUGGGUUGAAGAAUUACCCCACGUGCUAUGGGCAUAUCGAACCACAGCACGACGAUCAACGGGGGAAACACCUUAG